UCGGUUUCAAAUAACAACAAAAAAGUGUUAGGCUCUACUAACAUGACGUGUUACUUUUAAAUUCUUAGAAUACAAGCUUUGCCUAAAAUAACACAAUAGUACACGCACAUAGACAUAGAUCUAGAUCUACAUUCUACACGCCUAUGGGCAAUGAAUUAAUAUUUUGGAAGUGAGAUAGAAGUCAAGCACAGGAAGUUGAGCCUACAUUCCUAAUGGAGCCCAUGGAUUUGGACAGUGAUGGAGACACCAGCUACAGACACAGAGGUCUCCGCUGGUACCCAGAGCCCACAUCUCCACCAGAUUCCAAAAACAACUCUAAUCUGUCUGACAUGGAUGUUGACAUCAACUCACCAGGUUAUGCCAAUCAAACAUCAAAUACAGAGGCUGACUUUUUAAGCAGCGCUAUGAGCUCUGCCAUGUCCUUGAUGCAGAACAAUGAUGUCACCGUCUUCCAGCCACAGGCUAACACUUCAAGUCGAUCCAGUCGGUUUGGAAACUCCAGAAGUUAUUCAACUCCUGCCAUCUUCAAGACUGAAGCAUCCACCACUGCUGCCUUAGCUUCCUCAGCCUACGACAAGGUUCGGAAACUUGGUUUUGGUAUUCCUGAUAGCGACAGUACAUUUGAUCAUUUCCCUAAGGAGGACAGCUCUCAUUCCUCCCUCAGGCAGCGUCCUGUCAGCACACCAAGCUCCACCAGUCUGAAAGACCUAACAAAAAAAUCUAAUCUUCAACAGUCAGCUCAAGAACAUUUUGUUAAGCAAAACAAAGGCUCCUCUUGCUGUAAGUGUGUCUUACUUCUGCAAGUUGUUUUAAUACUUGCUGUAGCACUGGUGAUAUGGAACUCAAUGGAUGUUCAACAUGAUUGUCAGCCCAAUAGGUAUUUUAAAAGAAAAGUUUUAAAGAUGGAUCUGGAAUCAAACGUUUUUGGCCAGCCAAUUGCCACGAAGUUAAUCCCCGUAAAAAUUGAGGAAUAUUUGAACAAACUAGACAAGUACAAAAACACGACCACGGAGGUCACAUGCAAGCCACUGGUUCUUUCAUUUCAUGGCUGGACUGGUGUGGGCAAGAACUACAUCAGUAAGAUCACAGCAGACUCGGUACAGAGUGCUAACAUUUUAAAUUUGAUCGUGCCCUACCAUUUUCCCCAUGGUGCUCUUGAAGCUGAGUACAGAGAACAAAUCCACCAGUGGAUCACUAGCAACAGCAGCAAAUGUGCCAUCAAUGUUGUUGUCAUUGAUGAAAUGGACAAGGCCUUUGAGGGGGUGGUUGAAGGCAUAUCCAGUGCCAUCGGGGCGCUGACGCAGCCGUGCAACACAGCCAACGCCACCCUCAUCUUCCUGCUGUCCAACUCACAUGCUGUAGAAAUCAACCAAGCCUUUGUCAAAUUUAGCUUAGAAAAACCUGACAGGAACAGAGAGGAUUUCAGCAUGGAGUUAGCCAGUUCCCUUUUUACAACAAGCACCAAGCUGUGGUACACCCAGCUGUUGGAGGAGACUUUGAUUGACGCCUUUGUUCCAUUUCUGCCCCUGGAGAAGAGACACGUGGUACAGUGUAUAAUGAGAGACCUGGUGGCCAAGAAGUUUUCUACAGACUCAGGGAGCGUGGAUAAAAUUCUGGGAGAGCUGAGCUUCACUGAGGUGGAGAGGUUGGUGCUGUCUAACACUGGGUGUAAGAGGGUUGCGGACAAGGUGGACUUGGUGAUGUUGGGAAGACAUCAUUGAGGUGAUGAUAGGCAGACAUCAUUGAGGACAUGAUGGUGGGAAGACAUCAUUGUUGUGAAGUUGGGCAGACAUCAUUCAGGUGAUGUUGGGCAGACAUCAUUCAGGUGAUGUUGGGCAGACAUCAUUGUGGUGAUGUUGGACAGACAUUAUUGUGGUGAUGUUGGACAGACAUUAUUGUGGUGAUGUUGGGCAGACAUCAUUGAUGUGAUGUUGGGAAGACACUGAGGGGAUGUUAGGCAGACAUCAUUGAGGGAGGGGAUGUUGGACAGACAUCCAUCGUGGUGAUGUUGGGCAGACAUGAUUGAUGUGAUGUUGGGCAGACAUUGAGGGGAUGUUAGGCAGACAUCAUUGAGGGAGGUGAUGUUAGGCAGACAUCAUUGUGGUGAUGUUGGACAGACAUCAUUGUGGUGAUGUUGGACAGACAUCAUUGUGGUGAUGUUGGGCAGACAUCAUUGAGGGAGGGAUGUUGGGCAGACAUCAUUGAGGGAGGUGAUGUUAGGCAGACAUCAUUGUGGUGAUGUUAGGCAGACAUCAUUGUGGUGAUGUUGGACAGACAUCAUUGUGGUGAUGUUAGGCAGACAUCAUUGAGGGAGGUGAUGUUAGGCAGACAUCAUUGUGGUGAUGUUGGGCAGACAUCAUUGUGGUGAUGUUAGGCAGACAUCAUUGUGGUGAUGUUAGGCAGACAUCAUUGUGGUGAUGUUGGGCAGACAUCAUUGUGGUGAUGUUGGGCAGACAUCAUUGUGGUGAUGUUGGGCAGACAUCAUUGUGGUGAUGUUGGGCAGACAUCAUUGUGGUGAUGUUAGGCAGACAUCAUUGAGGGAGGUGAUGUUAGGCAGACAUCAUUGUGGGAGGGGAUGUUGGGCAGACAUCAUUGAGGGAGGGGAUGUUGGACAGACAUCCAUUGUGGUGAUGUUGGGCAGACAUCAUUGAUGUGAUGUUGGGCAGACAUUGAGGGGAUGAUAGGCAGACAUCAUUGAGGGAGGUGAUGUUAGGCAGACAUCAUUGUGGUGAUGUUGGACAGACAUCAUUGUGGUGAUGUUGGGUAGACAUCACUGAGGGAGGGGAUGUUCAGCAGACAAUAGAGAGUUGAUGCUGAUGAAUGCAAUUAUAUUAUUAUUUCAAAUGUUAAACAGCAUCAUAAUAUUAUAUUAAAUAUUGAAUGCCAUCAAAAUAUGUUAAAAUAUGUUGAAAGCCAUCGAAUGUCCAUACUAAAAAAACAUUUUGUUUUAAAUAUAUGGUUAACAAGUGAUUUUUGAAAGUGUUCACAAUUUAUUAACUUGUGUGUUUGGUUAUCUAUUGAUUAAUUUUUGUUUUGUUUUAUAUUUAAGAGAAAAUAUACUUAGAUGUUUUCUUUAUUAACGGAGACACUAGUCAUGUAUGUACGUUUUUUUUUCUAAUUGAAAAAGUUUAGGGGGAGGGGGAGACAUGUUGGAUGAAUUAAGCAUCGUUAUUCUUUAUAACCAUAAAAUUUUGACAGAAAAUUUGCCGCAUCACAUCAUGGUAGAAGUGGUUGGCCAGGUACAGUUAGAUAUUUGACCAGGUAAUGGUCACAUGAUUGGCCAGAUAUUUGGUCACAUGAUUGGCCAGAUAUUUGGUCACAUGAUUGGCCAGAUAUUUGGUCACAUGAUUGGCCAGAUAUUUGGUCACAUGAUUGGCCAGAUAUUUGGUCACAUGAUUGGCCAGAUAUUUGGUCACAUGAUUGGCCAGAUAUUUGGUCACAUGAUUGGCCAGAUAUUUGGUCACAUGAUUGGCCAGAUAUUUGGUCACAUGAUUGGCCAGAUUGUUGGUCACAUUAUUUGCCAAAUAGGGCCUCCUAAUUCAUACCACUUUGCCUGCAAUUACAGGAAAAUGAUGGGUCGUACUUUAUUGUGUAAAAUGUUGGUCAAAUGAUUCUGAAUUGUAUUAAAAUGUGACUGAAAAUUUGGGUAACACUAAAUUGAAAAUAUACAACAAUAGCAUAGACUAUCUAAUAGAUCCUUUUAAAUUAUAAUAAUAUGUCAUAUGCUAAACUGUUUUUUCACAACAACGUUUACCCAUCUAUACUGGACCACUUCCGUCUCUAC